AUUUCUCACCUUUUUUUUCCUGGUUCUUCUCCAGCUUUUUUUCUCUUUUUUUUUUUAUCGACGUCAUGUCAGAAUUUCAUUCUCUAGCCAAUCUCAUCAAACGACUUGAAGUAGCCACGACACGAUUGGAAGACUUGGCCAUGUCAGCCUCUUCUGCUUCGGCUGUGUCGGCUUCUGCUCCUGCUUCUUCCGCCCCGGCCGCUCCUCCUGCUGCCACCACAAGCUCAUCGGCUUCCAGUGACAUUCCUCUGGCAGUCGAAAAGCAUGAUGAAGUUGUGAAUCCAUCGCUCGACCAGUUCUUGAAACUGUCUCAAGAAAUUGGCGGCUUGGUAGCUGACCAGGCAUCAGCUGUAGCUGAAGCUUUUAAAGCCGAGCGAGAAAUCAUCCGCAUUUCAUGUUUGGCUCAAAAGCCAGACAUGUCUUCUAGCACGUUUAUGAAACUCAUCGAACCUAUUCAAGGCGCCUUGGCCACCAUCAUCGAUAUCAAAAAUAACAACCGCGGCGAUACCCUUUUCAAUCACUUGAGCACUGUAGCCGAAGGUGUCCCCGCAUUAGGAUGGUUCACGGUGGAACCUACGCCUGUGCCUUUUAUUCGUGAUAUGAAAGAUGCCGCCCAAUUCUAUUCCAAUCGUGUUGUGAAGGAGUGGAAGGAAAAGGAUACUAAGCAUGUGGAAUGGACACAGGCUUUCCUUGCUACCUUGGAAGCUUUGGGUCGUUAUGUAAAGGAAAACCAUCCCACCGGAUUAACCUGGAACGCUAAAGGACAAAAGGUUGAUGCUUUCAUUGGACAAGCGGCCCCUUCAGCUCCGGCCCCCAGUGCAUCACCGGCUGCACCUGCUCCUCCCGCUGGCGGUGCGCCGCCCCCACCCCCACCUCCUCCACCAAUGGCUUUUGAUGACGAACCCGCUCAACCGAGUGGAGCAGCGGCCGUGUUUGCUGAAAUAAACAAGGGCGAGAGUGUGACGGCCGGUUUACGCAAGGUCGAUAAAAGCCAAAUGACGCACAAGAACCCGGAACUUCGCGCCGCAGGUGCAGCUGAUGUAUCGGCCAGAAAACAAGCCCCACCAACCCCCAACAAGCCCAAUAAAUAUGUGCUCAAGAAACCCGCCAAGACCACCUUGGAAGCCAACAAAUGGGUCGUCGAGUACCACGAAAAUAACAGUGAAAUUGUCAUUGAAGAAACCGCCAUCAACCAAGCCGUUUACAUUUUUGGAUGCAAGAAUUCCACCAUUCGCAUCAAGGGCAAAGUAAACGCGGUCUCGGUGGAUUCUUGCGUAAAGUGUGGUAUUGCAUUGGAUUCCACCGUGUCCACCGUUGAUUUGGUCAACUGUAAAUCGUUUGGCUUGCAAGUGUUCAAUUUCACACCCACCAUUGCCGUUGAUAAAUGUGACGGCGGCGAGAUCUAUCUUUCCAAGGAAUGUCUGGAUGUUGAGAUUUUGUCGGCCAAGUCCACUUCUCUUAACGUAUUGAUCCCGGAAGAUGUUGAUGACGAGACCUCUGAUUUCAAAGAAGUGCCUGUGCCUGAACAAUUCAAGACCACCAUCGUCGACGGCAAGCUCGUCACCGUUACCGUGGAGCAUGCUGGUUAAAAUCCUUUUAGAGCAACAAAGAAAAUCAAUAAAAAAACGCGCGUGUCCGGCACAUCCAUCCUCUCCACUUGAACACUAAAAACAUUCAACGCUUGCCAUUUGCCAAUUAGUAACGAAAUUUCAUUUUACGUUUUAUUUAGUAAAAGAUAAUAUUCAUAAAUGCAGGACUACAG